CUCCUCUCCCUGUCUUGCGCAGAGAGACAUGCCGCGACAGCUCGUCCUCUCCUCGGAAACAUGUCUCGCUACAGCCACAUCCCGGUCAACUGGUUCCCCGGCCAUAUGGCCAAAUCCACCAGACUGAUCCAAGAAAACCUAGCCAGAGCCAAAAACAUUAUCGAAGUAAGAGACGCAAGGAUCCCCCUGAGCAGCGAAAACCAUACGCUGAAAGACCUGAUUCAGAGAAGCAAAAAAAAGCACGUGAUCGUCUUGAACAAACACGACCUGUCGGACCGCCGCACCACCCAUUCUUGGAAGUCCUACCUGCAAGAAUCGAAUCCGCAAGCCCCCCUCUUCACGUCUCUGAAACCCCGAGACUCCGGCCAGUGGGGCGCCGAGCAAAGGAAAAAAACUCAAAGCCUGCUCGAAUUGAUACGUACUUGUCACAGUGCCGCCGAGACCGGCUCCGACUCGUCUCGCCCGGUCAUCUCGAUGGUCGUCGGCUUUCCGAACGUGGGCAAGUCGACCCUGAUCAACCACCUCGUCGGACGAAGGCGUGCGUCCGUGGCGCCCAAGCCGGCGUGGACGCGCGGCGUUCAGCUGUUCCGAAUUCGCAUGCCGGACCCGACGGACUCCAGCCUCCCCCCGGGGCCAUUUCGCGAUGCCGAGGGGGAAACUGAAGCACCCGUCAAAGUGAUAAGCGAGCACUUCACCAACCGUUUGGCAGGACACAAAUUUCAGUGUACCACCUCUACACAAAAACAGAUGGCAGGUAAUGUUGUGUUUUGCAACGGCCUGCCGAGAAAGGAAACGGUCAGGCACGUCUGGUUGCUGGACACCCCGGGAGUGAUGGUGCCCGCGCGCAUCGAAUCCGAGCAGGGGUUGAAGCUGAUGGUGUGCGGGUGCGUCGCGGAUCACGUGCUAGAACACUUCUACCUGUUAGCGGGAGAAUAUGUGUAUUACCUUUUAACGAAAAAGAAUGCGCGCCGCGAUGCAUCGAGCGGUUGGCACGGCGCGCUCAAGUUGGAGACGGUGCCGAAUACUUACGAACAUCUGUUGAGGGAGAUAGGGAAGAGAUUCGGAAAGAAGGACGAAACGACGCAGGCGAGAGUCCUGGUAAGCGAGUUUAGAAAGGGCAACUUGGGAGAGUACACGCUCGACGAGAUACCGAUGUGAAGGGGGCGGUGCCGGCGGUCGGCGCGCACUUUUAUCAUCUCAGAAAGUCUAGGGCGAGAGGUGGGGGGAAAGGUCGAAAGUGGGCUCCAGGAAGUGGAAUGUGUACGCGAGACAAGUGCGCUGCUGGUGCGUGUGGCAAUAAGAGCCAAGUAGCUGCGCCAGGAGAAAGUAGGCCCGUCGGAUUUCCUGGACACGGAAGUGGGCAGAGAAGGCGUGCGACGUCGCGAGAGCGUGGACGAGGGAAAUGCAGUCCUUGAUAGAAAUUGUGUAUCUGGUCUUGGCGGCAUGGAGGUAGAGAAGGAUUUGCAAAUGGACGAAGGGGGAUUGAGAAGCGAGCGGAAGCAGUAUCGACUCGAACAACAAUUGACGAACGGUUUGUAGUUUAGGCGGCGCAUAAAGAGACAGUUGUCGCAGAAGCUGUUGAACGAAUUCUGGGUAUUUUGACAGCAGAUGCAAUCUCGGGUUGAGCGAAUCGGAGGGCGGUGGAUUGUAAACGAGCCACUUGACGAAUUCUAUGAUUGUACACUCAUCUAAAAUGGACAUCUUGCUAAGGAUCCAAUGGAGCGUGAUUGAAAAUGGGACAUUCGGGUGUUGGAUAGUAUCGACAUGAGUGAACAGAGAGUCAAAAUGACUAGAAUAGUCAAAUGGAAGGAUGAGGUCUUUUUCUAAUUUUUCUGCUGUUUCUUCAAAACUUUUUUCAUCAAAACUUUUGGUUUCUUCUAUUUUGGCGGCUUUGAUUCUUUUCUCAGAUUCGGCUUCUAGUUCUCUUCUUUCGGUUGACUCCAUCAUGCCUAGCACCUCCAUGAAUACGUCUGCGUUCCGUUGCUUGUUCUCCGCCUCUUGUUGCAUCAACAAGCGCAACUGUUUGUUUUUUUUCUCCUCGUUUUCCUUCGCAUAGGUCCAGCGAUCCAGCUCGAUCAUCAGGUGCCCGAACGACACCAGGAACUCGCUCACGAGAGCCGCGUCGGAGACUUUCGGGGGGAGUUCCUGGCGAAUCAUCCACGGCACGAGGUUCGUGAGGCCAGACAGCUGUUGCGGAUGGUUCGAAAGCUCGAGCAGACUGAGCAAGUGCAUCAGCUUCUUGUUGCCGGAAAGGCUGGAGUAGAUUUGCUUACGAGUGAUGGGCAAGUCCUCGUAUUGCGUGUCUAAGUCCACCAACGAAUAGCUCCUGUGCGGACGCGUCGGGGUGCUGGAGGCGUUUCGACCGCAUCAGGUUUUCACACAAACGUAACAGUUAAAAAAAACGCGACGUCAGCAUUUCUUACUCAAAGAUGCAAACCCUAGAGACCAAGUCAGAUAUGUCAGGCCCGUCACCACGUACCUCGAGCUUUCCUUGUGAGUCAACACUUUUCUGUUUCGUUGGACCAAAGACUUAGUAUGUUCCUGUGCUGCAGAGAUCACCCCAUCGAGCAGCGCGACAUGAACGUAAUUCGCCCUUAGAACGAACGAUAUGUUUUCCAGUAACUCAGCGUGCCUAGUCAUUUCUCUGGUCAGCGGCGGAAUUUUGAAUCCAAGCUUCUGCUCGAGAGAAAAUGUGCUGUUUGCAGCGUCAAAAAUAACCUGGUUGCCUUUCUUGAGGCGAAUGCCUGGAGAUACCGUGAAAGUCGUCGACGACUCCUCAGACGCCUUUUGAUUCGAUUGGACGCCGCGAUUUGACGAGCUAAAACGCUUUUUCGAACGAGAAUACUCCAUGUCGUCCUCAUCCUCCCAGGCGAACCGGUCGUCGUUGUUCAUAUCUCCUUCGUAGUCGUAUUCAUCGCUAUCUUCCGCGGUUCCGUCGCUCGAUUUUUUGAUUCGUCUCCUUUCAGCGCCUUCUUCUGCUCCGGCGCGGAAGUAUCUCUUCGCCCGCGUCUCCACCACAUUCGCGUCCGAGCUUAAGACAGACUUCUCGUUCUCAUCCGCAUCAUUCGAGGGCGCGCCGGGUCUCGCUCGGUUCUCUCUCAGGCGAUUCGAUUUUUCCAGUUGACUCACUUCACCCAGUAGACCAUCCUCUUCGGAAUCCUCCUCAAGCGAGCUUUUGCUGUUCUUCCUUAAUCUGAUCAAUCGCUUGGCCUCCUUUGACUUGUCCGCAUCGACUUCUUUGGCCUUCAAUGCGGAAGCCUUAAUAGGCUCUACGAGCUUGAUCUGGAUGCUACGCACGAUCGACUCCAUCUCGUCGAGGUGUCGAUCCCCGAAGUGCCUGUCCUUCAUGCACACGCCCAAGCACCAGCAGAACUUGUACACCAAGUCCUCCUCGCAGAUGGCUAUGUGGUUCUGGUCGUGUUGACUCAUAAUUAGAUCGAACCUGAGCGAUGCCAUGGCACCGCAUAAAGCGUAAGGCAUGAAAAUGUCGAACAGAGCGCAAGGAUCGGGCACCGGCUUUUCAGAUGCAUCUGGACCUAAAUGCUCUACGGCGCCUUGUUCAAACGA